GAGAGAGAGAAAGAGAGAGGGGAGGUCGGUCUUGCGUUGACACAGUAGAACUGACUGAGUGACUCAGUGUGGUGGGAGACAACGAAAGAGGAGGUUCAGGAGACUCUAGGGACAAGAGUAAGAGAAAAGAAUGAGACAAAGAAAGUAGGGGAGAGAGGAAGAGAGAGAGAGAGAGAGAGAGAGAGAGAGAGAGAAAGAGAAUCAACAUGUGAUGCUAUCCUAAUCCAGUCAAUGACUCACUCAUUUUAGUUUAUCUUGGAUGACCAGCUUUUCCAGCUGCAGACCGGCUCUUUUGGAUUUACUAUCCCACCACGUGCCACGCAAACACUAGCGCAGACUCACACACACACGUUUGCACCCACAUGCACGUUGUCUGCCAGCUGGAAGACUCUGAUCUGCAGGCUGGAUCUGCUUUUAUCUCCGGAUGUGGCACCGCAGUCGGAACACACUGGUCCAUGUCUGGUGUGUGUGUGUCUGUGUGUUUUCUGAGCCUGCCGGAGUGACCUGGAACUUGUUGAAUUAACCCUGGUAUGCUGAGCGACUCCAGUCAAGGAACACCGUGGAAUAUCGUGGAACGAGUUCAAGAGUUUGGAAUUCUUUCCUUCCUUGAGCGAUGCCUUGGGCUUUUUAAGCCGCUUCUUUUUCUCGUCUGUGCUCAGUCUGGAGUCUGGCAGUCUGAGAUGAGCUCUUUAUGACUGACGUUCCAACAAACCCGUCCUCGUGGAAGCGUGUAUGUGUGUGACAGGGAAUAGAUUUAAAUGCGUGUAGCUGCGCAAUGUUAACAGCAAGUGAGUUGCCCAUGAUAACGCCUGCUUCUACUGCAUGUCCACGACUCGGUGGUAGAGAAUGGAGUUUUUGGGAUGUGGUAGGGGUGGACUGUAGCGCCCCUGAACCACGCUGCAUCUGGGUGGCCGUGUUUCGCGACGACUCGUUCAUUACACGCACUCCCAGCAUUAAGUCUGCACCGGCUCGACCCCGAACAGCCUCCUGUAACUACAGGACAAAGGGACGAAGAGAUGGGAUCUCAUCGACCGGUGAUAACCCUCGGCCGGUCCUGGGGGGCAGAGUUGAAGGCAGGGCCGUGUCCUGGCAGGGGCCUCGGACGCUGGUGGUCCAGAAGAACUCUCAGGGCUUCGGGUUCACGCUGCGGCACUUCAUUGUCUAUCCGCCCGAGUCAGCCUUGCACACUAGCCUCAAGGAUGAUGAAAAUGGAAAUGGAAAUGGAAAAGGUCUGCAGCGAGGUCGGAUGGAACCUAUGGACACCAUAUUCGUUAAGAAUGUGAGGGAGAAAGGCCCUGCUCACCAGGCUGGUUUGUGCACAGGUGACAGAUUAGUAAAGGUUAAUGGAGAGAGUGUGUUGGGUAAGACAUACUCCCAGGUGAUAGCACUAAUUCAAAACAGUGAGAGUGUGUUGGAGCUCUCCAUAAUGCCAAAGGAUGAGGACGUACUGCAGCUGGCUUACUCUCAUGAUGCCUACCUGAAAGGGAACACGCCAUUUACAGGAGGGGCCCAAAAUCUUCCUACGCCACCCCCAUUGUGCUACCCACCACGUUCCCAGCCUCAUCCCAGCCACACCCCCUGCCCCAUUACUCCUCGAUCGCCCCAUAUGGGACAGAACCAGCUGGACAACUGGAGCCGCUGGCCCGGCUCCCCUUCCAGUCCAUCUCCACCACUUGACAACCGGACAAGCGCAACUACGACCACCAGUAUGGCCUGGGCAUCAGAGGGCCGUGAAGCAGGGGGUGUCAGCCAUAGCAGCCCUGUUCAUCGAACAGAGGAAAUCCGGUAUGGUAUGACCGAGAGAGGACGUUCUUUCUCUCCUUCACCUUCCACAAGUCCACCGCAACAGACUUACCAUGGAAACAAUAGCAAGGACUUAUCACGGGGCAGCCCACUAAAACCUGCACCCUUGUCAAAUUCAAGCCGCGGCGAAAACGCCCAACAAGCCCUCAGUAAUUGGUACUACAAUCAAAUGUCGGAGCGGAACGGAACGCACACUGUCAACUCUCUGCACCAGCGACAACGCAGUUUCUCUCAGGACCGUCUGGGGGAGCUAAGCCGAAAUAGACGAGCACGUAGAACUGAUUUUCCACAGAGUGCCUCUCAGGAUACAUUACUGCACCCUGGGCAACCUUCUCACUGGAUGCAGGUCCUGCCUUCUGCUUGCCAGAACCGUUCUCUUUCGGAGAACCUUCUCCGAAGUCGCUAUGGGCACUCGGGCCGCUCAUUAGAAGCUCUGGACCAGGUACUUUCGCCAUUCUUACCGCGCCACGAAAAACAAGCAUGGCAGCAACAGCCUCAGAGGCAGGAAAGCCAUUUCAGCUCAGCCCAGACGGCCCAUCGUGCCCGUCAUGUGCAAGUUCAUCGCCAAAACCAAUCCCAACCUUCAGAUCAACACCGUUGUCAGCAGCACCCUCCCCAAAAGCUCCUCCAACAUCCACCAAAGCAUCAAAAUCAAAUGCAUUCUUCACAACAUCCACCGCAGAGCCGGCGUUUAACAUCGUGCCAGAGUGUGGAUCAGGAGCAGAUCGGCUACCGCAGCUACAGUCCCUCCUUCAACCGAAAGAGUGGACGGAUUCUGCAGCAUGCCCAGUCUUUCCGGGACCCUUCCUACACAGGCCCACGCCUCAGCUGGACCAGUCUUCCAGAGGGCAUGGCUCCAUCUUCCACUUCAUCACCUGCUCCUCCUACGUCAUCAAUGUCUGGUGAAGGACAGGAAUUGGUGAAGGAUGAAACUCAUCGUCCGACUAACCAUGAAAGAGAGGGUGGGGAAACAGAGCCAGAGAUCCAAGCACAGGUCCCAGAGGUGGUAUUAAGGCAAAAACCACCCAUGGGUCGAAGGGCUGGCCAUGUCCACCGACUCCCACUGGCGCUUGACAGCAGUGACCCUCUACUUUUCACAUCGGACCCUGAGGAAGCCUUGCCUCAGUCAGAGGGUUCUUCCUUACAGCGGCAUGUGAAUGGUAAUCUAGCACCACUUUCUGUGGAGGAUGACUCGCUGGCCUCUAUUCCCUUCAUUGAUGAACCAACCAGCCCGAGUGCAGAUCUGCGGGCGUGUCACGUCCCCGCCUCGUCUGUUGUGUCCAGUAGUGGCCUUAAAUCUGCCUCCGCUGUGGGGACGAGCCCCGCCUCCCCAACCUUCACCUUUCCCCUCAGCCGCCUCUCCUCCCACGACUGCAGCAGCAUCAAAUCCAGUCGCCGCUCUUCCUAUCUGCUGGCUAUCACCACAGAACGCUCCAAGUCAUGUGACGAUGGACUGCACACUCUCCGAGACGAUGGGCGCACCUUCUCGAGGUUGCCAAAGAGAGUUAAAAGCUUUUUCGCUGAUGGGUCUCUGGACAGCUUGACUGUGGGUGAUGAGGCUCGCUCGAAGCGCCACUCUGCCUCGGAGCUGGGCACCAUCAACUACAACGACGUGAGGAAAGAAGGAUGGUUGCAUUACAAACAGAUCCAUACUGAGAAGGGCAAGAAGGUGGGCAGUGCCAUUCGUCCCUGGAGACGAGUCUUCUCAGUGUUGCGCUUCAGUAAACUCUACCUCUACAAAGACAAGCGAGAGGCUCUGCUCAAGGGUUCCAUCCUGAGAAGCGGAUCCGAAGACGAGCAACUAAUCAACAUCCGCGGGUGCCUGGUGGACAUCGCAUACAGCGAGACCAAGCGCAAGAACGCGCUACGAUUGACCACGCAAGACUUCUGCGAGUACCUGCUGCAGGCUGAGGACCGGGAGGACAUGCUGGAGUGGAUCAAAGAGAUUCGGGAAGGCAGCAAGACUGACAGCGAGGAGUUGGGGUUUUCUCGUCAAGCUCUCAUCAAUAAGAAACUGAAUGACUACAGGAAGCAUAGUCCGACAGGUAAUAAGCCUGACUCAUCUCCCCGAGUGCCACGCAUGACCUUCUUGCUCACCAAGGCCGACAACAGCAGUGCUCCCCCACGCUCCCCUAAACAUGAAGCCAAAGAGGAGAGCAGUCCUCCCAAGUCUCCAUGGGGCAUCAACUUCAUGAAGAAAGCGAAAAAGGCGGACCCGAAAGCGUUUGGAGUCCGGCUGGAGGAUUGCCAACCCGCCUCCAAUAACAAGUUUGUUCCCCUGAUUGUCGAGAUUUGCUGUGGCUUGGUAGAGGAGAUGGGUCUAGAGUACAUGGGAAUCUACAGAGUACCAGGUAACAACGCUGUGGUGUCCAACCUGCAGGACCAACUAAACAAGGGCUGUGAUAUUAACACUACAGAGGAGCGGUGGCAGGACCUAAACGUGGUGAGCAGCCUGCUGAAAUCUUUCUUCCGCAAGCUCCCGGAGCCCCUCUUUACUGACGACAAGUACAACGACUUCAUCGAUGCCAAUCGUAUGGAGAAUCCAAGCGAAAGGUUGAAGACCUUGAAGAAACUGAUCCGUGAUUUGCCAGAUUAUUACUUCCACACUCUGAAGUUUCUAAUUGGUCAUCUGAAAACUAUAGCCAAUCACUCAGAGAAGAAUAAGAUGGAGCCUCGUAACUUGGCACUAGUGUUUGGGCCCACUCUCAUGAGAACAUCGGAGGACAACAUGACAGACAUGGUCACCCACAUGCCUGAUCGCUACAAGAUUGUCGAGACUCUCAUCCAACAUUAUGCCUGGUUCUUCAGCGACGAACACGACAAGGAUGAAAAGACGCCCGUGGACACUGAGGAUGUUCAGCCUGCCCCCAACAUAGAUCAUCUCUUAUUAAACAUUGGCCGAGCUGGGCUUGUGGGUGAGAUCUCAGACUCAACCAACAGUGAUUCAGCAAAAUCAAAGGGCUCCGGAGGGUCAAAACGUGACCUCACAGCCAAGGACUUCCUAACAACGCUGGCCAUCAUGUCUGCUGUGACUCGGAGGCGCAGAAAACGACCUGUUACCCGGCUCCUGGGCAGCAGCACUGACGAUGACUCCGAACAUGAACCAUUCAGACCCGAUCUGACUGUGGAGGGGGAGGGGGAGCAGAAAGAGAUGGAGCGGCACGAAUCUGACACGGCUCCACGUGCAGAGGCAGAAGAGGAUGAAGAUGACGAAGAGGAGGAAGAUGCCGAAGAGAAUGCGGAAGUGACUGCAGCGUCGCCAGGCAAGGACAAACCCGGAAUGCCUUGUGAGGAAGAAGGGCGGCCAGUGAUCCUCAGUGAGGAAGAGGACCAGAGGUCGGAGACGAAAGGUCGCGGCUGGAGAGGGGAUGAUGCACGUUCUAUUGUCUCGGGUUACUCCACUCUGUCUACACUGGGGCGGAGUUUAGCAUCCGAGGGGCGGGGCGACGAUGCCGAUGAUGAGCAGAGCGAGCUGGUGAGCGAGACGGACAACGAAAGCGGCUUCGCCUCACGCUCUCUCACGCAAGAGCGUCCUGAGAAACGCACGCCGCCACCAUCAAAUACACACACCUCACCAGAACCGACUGCACCACGCAGUUUCCUGUACACACACUAUAAACCCUCCGUAUCUACUCCUACUCCUGCUACCACUUCCAUUCCAGUUCUUCCCCCCAUCUCUUCCAAACACCCCAACCCUGAGCCUGUAGAUAGAGGAACUGAAAGUGCAGCACGCUCCUCAACUCCCUCCACCUCUUCUUCCACUGCCUCCCAGCGCCUUCAAAAUCGACCUUCUUUCAAUUCUCAUCGCCUCAUUCAGUGUGAUACUUUAGCCCGUCGGCGGCUGAAAUCAGAAAAGGCCAAAGCUCGUUCACUAGAUCUUUUAGAAGUCUGUAGUGCUUCGCCCACCGACGAGGAACAGCAGUCCAACCAGGGGCGAAUGAGAACCAGCCUUCCGGAAUCUUCCCCUUCCCACUCACCCAAACUGACUUCAUUCAGUGCUCACCUUUUAGCUCCGCCCCCUGCACCGGGCACCACCUCUGGCGCCAUAAGUCAGGCAUCACUAGCAGAGCAGGUACGUGCACGACUGCUCGGUUCAGCAGAGGACCUUAGUGUGGGGCUGAGGAAACCUGUCUCGCCUGAGACACGCCGGCGGAGGCGAGCCUGGAGGAGACACACAGUGGUGAUAUCGCCUACAGACUCCACCCACAAAAGCACUCAAGUCACCACAGCGGUUAACAACAACAACAAACCCCCGGCGCCGCCCCCCAAACCUUUCCCUUUAAACCGACGUCAUGGGGAUAAGCCAAUCCCUGUGCCCCAGCGCUCCCCAGCCGACACCUCUUUAUUAGUCCGGGCCCCGCCUACCUCCCAGUUCCACGAAUGCUUGUAACAGAAUUUGAAUUGGCGUGAUUAAAUUGUGUGUAUGGAAAUAUCCCUUAAAUCCCCAGUUUUCCAUUGUGCUUGUUUUGGGAGUCUGGGACCUUAUAUAAAACAGGCAACUUACAUUUCCACUGGUGUAAGAGAUAAUAUUUAUACUUUUAACAACACCCAAGACUGUUUAGCAGCAGUUUUAUCAGCUUUAGCAAUGCAGCUACUAUUUAGUUGCUUGCGAUUUCCAGUAAAACAAUUGUUUUUCUUGUCAAACCGCUGAGUCACAGCAGCAGCAUUGAUCCUUUAAAGAAAAAUCGUCCUGUUCAUGUAUUGUUUUAAAAGUAGCAGUAAAAAAAAAAAAACUUGAGCAGCUCAAGUUGCGAUGAAACGCCGCCAAACCAAAGCCCAAAAAUGACCUGUGUCUGGUUCCAUUUUAGUGCUGGAACCGCACCAACUAUUUUGAGAUUAUACACUCAGUUGGUAAUCAGCAUUGGCACCUAGAUGUUGGAUGAAGGGUAUCAAUGAACAUGUUGGCCAAACUGUGUGUUUUCUUUUUUCUCAUUGAUAGCUGCUUGGCUUGCAUGGCACAGGGUUUCUUUUAAACGUUGCCAAAGUUUUUAUUUGUUCUCUUUCUCUCUCUUACAGUCCUUUUAGUGCUCUUUUUUACAGUGUUACAAAAGGGCCAGAGCGCAGCAGGCUCUCCAUGUAACAUUUUAAAAGAACUGCCAGGGUUCUUGCCACACACUCACACUGGGGUCAUUGUGUGUUUUCGGUGCUUCGCUGUGUGCUCCCUGAAAGUGUGUCCUCAUUCUCUCACUGUGUCCAUUGGAGGGAAUGCCAAAUUAAAAUUCACCCUCUUUUACCUAUUUUUUUUUUUUUUAUGUUACCAUGACAAUGCUGCCUCAGUGCAGAUCCUGGGACAACAAUAAAGGGGACAUGAAUAAACAUUCACAUGAAUACACACAGUUUUUCAACCACUCAACUGUCGCCUUCAGCAAAGUAUUAAUGCAGUAUUAGCGAGGCAGUGUUUGCGGGACGGUGCUGAAGAUGACUUUUGACCCCCUAAACUCGCUCGUGUCUCAUGUUCUAUUGAGAAACCACAAGACAAAUUGUGGUGUGUUCACAACACACACACUGCUCAUUCUAAGCAUUUCUUCAUCUGUGUAAGAUUGUGUGUCUGAAACUGUUUGUGUAUGUGUGUUCAGCUAUUUUGUAACAUUUGUACAAAGCCUUGCUAAGUUAAUCUUGUAAAUAUGCAUAUAAUAUUUGUUUUUUUUUUGUUUUGUUUUUUUCUGUUUGGUUUUGUUUUUAUAUGGUUUACAAAAGUGCGCAUAGGUGCACGGUCAUUUCUUUUAAGAUAUUACUUGAAAUGGUUCUUUUUAAAAUUUUUCCUUUUUGUUUUGUAUACAGUAUAUAUAUAAAAUAUAUAUUAUAUAUUUUGUAUGAAUAUAAUAAGUACUUUUGUUUGGGGUGUUAUUUGUUUUAAAACGAACAGAACUAAAACUCCAAUCGACUGUUGUUCAUUUCCUCAUAAAUGGCCUUUUCUCUGUGACUUACCAGUACUAUGCAGAACUCCAUACACCUCAAUGCAAAGAAAAAGUUUUAACUCAAGAACUUUAACCUGCAGAAGAGCGUCUGUCCAACGGCCUGUCACAUGCUAUAAUAAAUUCUUUAUUGCUGGGCAUUGCAUUGCUCUGUCA